UAGUCUUCAGUUAGAUUUUUAAAGUCUUGCAGGUAACAACUUAGUGCUUUGUAUAAUAUAAAUACUAUAAAUCAUAAGGUACAAUGGAAGAUUUAAGUGUAAUAAUUAAUUGUUCUGUACCACAUAAUAAAGAACUUUCUGAAGAUUUAGAUUUGCUCGAUAUGCCGUAUAACACGACGUCCCCGAUAGAAAGUGUAUUUAUUUCAAAAGCAGCUGGAUUCGGUAUUAUUAGUGGCAUAAUGAUAGCGUUUCUCAUUAAUUUUGUUAUGAGCUUCGAAUACGAAGCUCUUAAAAGGAAAGUUAAAAUUAAAAUCGAAAACGAAUUGUUGAUGCAAAAAAGUUUAAUAUUAAUAAUUUUAUUAGUAAGUUUACCGUUAGUUGCAGCGUUUCUAAUCGGUGCAUAUUUGUACAAAACAUUGUGUUCAAUAAUUAUAAAAAGAAGAGAUAAACACUUCGCAGGAUUCUUAGACAGUUUUGACGUUUUUUGGAGUCUGGAAGAUGAUGCCACGAAAAGCAUUAUCAAUGUUCUAGGAGUCAUAGAAUCAAAAUCGUCUCAGGUAUUAAUUGAGCACAUAAAGGAAAAAUUACGAAAUAUCGUACAAAACAAUGACACUGAAAAGUUGUUUUAUAGAAGGAGCGAAGAGUAUGGGUUUUAUUAUUGGAGAAAAUGUUGUUAUGUUGAUACCAGUCAAUAUGUUCGUGUAAUUGAUGUAUCAAAUGUUGUCAAUCUUAGCGAGUCAGAUUUAGAAGAGAUCAUGACAGAAGUUUCAUAUCAACCGCUACCUUUCAAUGACGAAGGCUUGUUUCAAAUACUAGUAACUAAUCAGAAGUUACAAAAUAACGAUAAGGGAAACAAUGAAUAUGCUAUUAUAUUUAGAAUACACCACGCUGUCGGCGAUGGUGUUGCUUUAAUAGAGUUCUUAUGUCAAGCAUUAGCAGAUGGUAAAGACGAUGAACUUAUAACUUUUUGUAUGCCAGAAACUUAUAAUGUUAGUAGUAAAAAAACAUCUGCUGAUUUUUUGAAAAUGAUAACAAAACUCUGCGAAAUUCCUGGGUGUUUAAUAGAUGGGAUCUUGAGAGAGCCUGACAAGAGUACAUUACAUGGCCCUCCUUUGACUGGGAAAAAGUAUUAUAAGUGGAUUGAAUCGAACGACAAUUUAUUUAGGAUGGUAAAAGAAAUAAAAGACAAUGUGGAAGGAGCAAAUUUUUCAGAUAUUCUGGCAAAAGCUUUGUCUUCUGGAUUUCAAGACUAUUUUGAAAAGGAAAUAGAUUCGGCGCCUAGCAAUAUAGCCGUAAUAUUGCCAAUAAGAUUUCCUGCAAUUAAAAACAAACGAGUAAAAUUGGAGAAUAAUUUUACUGUCAGUAUUUUUGAUUUGCCUGUUGGAGGAGACCUCAAGGAGAUUCGAAAACGUUUUCAUCGACUACGGAACAGUGCUGACCCUCUAACGAAUUACUACGUACUGAAGUUAUGCAGCAUUUUCCCUAAGGAAAUCCUCACGCCAUUGUUCAAUAGUAAUCAAGCUACCAUGGUAUUUAGCAAUUUGCCGGGGCCUGUACCAUUGUGCAUAUGUGGUGGAGAUCUGAAGUCUUUAGUAUUCUUUGUGCCGAAUAAAGGCAAUACAGGUUUAGGUAUAACUGCUUUAUGCUAUGGUGGAGUUCUAAGGUUAGGAGCAAUGGCAGACUCAGCAUUGGUGUCGAGCCCAGAAGAAUUGAGUAUAAUUUUAAAUGGAAUGGUUAAAGAAAUAAGAAGGUUACAUGACAAAUAUGUAAACUAGAUUUUGUAAAAAUGGACAUGAUGAUUUUGACUUCUCAGUAAAAGAAAUGGAGAAUGUCAACCAUUAUUUAAAAA